UCCUACUUCCGGUCUCUCCUGUCUGGAGCAUGCUGGGAAGUGUAGUUCUCCUGGCUCUCUUUCUCGUUGAAGGCUCGGUUGCUGUCCCAAGCGUGACUCCUUCUUCAGGCGAGCAUGAACGGGGCCGGGGAGCCCGAUCCGGGCGGCGGGGGCUACAAGCGGCGCUACCGGGCCCUGAAGCGGAGGCUCAAGUUCCUUAUCUAUGAGCAAGAAUGUUUUCAAGAAGAGCUGAGAAAAGCACAGCGAAAACUCUUGAAGGUUUCACGGGAUAAAAGUUUUCUACUCGAUCGCCUUCUCCAGUAUGAGAAUGUGGAUGAAGAAUCCUCAGACUCAGAGGCAACAGCCUCCUCUGACAAUAGUGAUGGGGAGAUGCCCAAGGGGACAGAGCCACAGUCCUUAAAAAGAAAACGAAGCCCUCAGCUUGGCGCUGCCUCAUCACCUUCUUCUUCAGGUCUUUCCCUCCAGCCAACCUCAGGCUUUGGGCUCCCAGCCUCAGGGACACAAUCUCCCUACUUGACCUCUCUCCCGAUGCCUCCUGCCUCCCACUCUGACUGUUCACCUGUAGUAGUGGGCUUGCCCUUUCCUUCACCUCGUGGGACCCCUAAACUCCCGCCACCCACCAUCCUCAGCACAGUGCCCCAUCAGAUGUUCAGUGACACAGGGGAGGGAAGUGGCGAAGAUCCCCUCGAUGGUGAUGAUGAACUGGUAAUCGACAUUCCCGAGUAAUGAUGGGAAACAGCACACCUUGCUUAAAGGACCCAGGCUUCUCCGUGGUGUGGGAAGGGGAUUGCACCCCACAUUUUUAUUUUAACUUUUUGUUUACAGACUCCAAAAAACAUGCAAGUCAGUCAAUAAAUGGGAUUUUUUGUGUAUAUAUAUAUAUAUA